AUGUCGCGCUUGGCGUCGGUUCUCCGAUGCGGACUCGUCGGACUUGUGCUUUUUCGUCUCGGUUUCUGCGACGAGAACGAGUACAGGCUGACCAAGCACCUGCUGGACGGCUACGACGCGGGAGUGAGGCCGGCGAAAAAUUCAUCCGAGCCGCUCGUCGUCGCCUUUGGCCUGGCCCUCCAUCAUAUCAUCGACGUGGACGAAAAGAAUCAAAUACUGACGACAAAUUGCUGGCUGACCCAAGUCUGGAAGGAUUACCACCUGCAAUGGAACACGUCAGAGUACGCGGGUAUACGCGUCAUACGCGUGCCUUACAAUCGCGUUUGGCGGCCAGAUACGAUAUUGUACAAUAACGCAGAUCCCCAGUACAGCUCGGCGGUGAUAAACACGAACGUGAUAGUGAGCCACACGGGCGAGGUCGUUUGGCUGAGCCACGGGAUUUUCCGCAGCAGCUGUGACAUCGACGUCGAGUACUUUCCCUUCGACGAGCAGCGCUGCGUACUCAAAUGGGCCUCUUGGACCUACGACGGCUACCAGCUGGAGCUCGAGAGGCAAAGCGAACAGGGCGACGUGAGUAAUUACCAGGCCAACGGGGAAUUCGACCUCGUGGACUUCUCGGCCACGCGCAACGUCCAGUUCUACUCGUGUUGCCCGGAACCAUACCCGGACAUCACCUACGAGAUUCGGCUGCGCCGGCGGCCCAUGUUCUACGUCUUCAACCUCAUACUGCCCUGCAUCCUCAUCAACGGCAUCGCCCUGCUGGUGUUUUACGUGCCCUCGGAGUCCGGUGAGAAGGUCACCCUCGGCAUAUCCGCCCUUCUGUCGAUGACCGUUUUUCUGAUGACCAUCAGGGAAACCUUGCCACCCACGGAGAAGACGCCGCUUAUCAGUCUGUACUACGGAGUGAGCAUUUGCCUGGUGUCGUUCGCCUCGGGUCUAGCCGUGGUCACCCUGAACCUGCACCACCGAGGCGUUCGCGGAACUCGGGUACCGCCCAGCGUCAAGUCGCUCGUGCUCGACAAACUCGCCAAAAUAGUGUUUCUCAACUUCCGGGAGGAGCUUCCGGAAUCGGUGAGCUGCAAGAGAAGCAGUUACACGUUUCACUGCAAGUCCGAGUCGUCGCCGAAUCAGCAGCAGCCGCAGCCGCAACAACAGCAGUCGCAACACGUGCUGUCCCCGAAAUACGUCGGGCGAAGACACACGAGCGAUCACAACAGUCCGACCCUGGAACUGGGCAAGGAUGGGGUGAUAGAGUCGCAGUGGGCGAAGGUGAUCGGCCGAGUGCAGGCGACGAUCGAGAAGAACGAGAGACGAUUGCUGGACCAGGACACCCGUGAGAGGCGGGAACUCGAGUGGAAACAGGUGGCCUUGGUUAGCGACCGAGCGCUCCUCUGCAUAUUCUUUCUGACGACCGCCGUCAGUACGGCUGUCAUACUUUGCGGCUCGCCACCCUCGGAUGGCAAAACGGCGAUUUGAGCGACGAGUAUGCGUCA